CAUCCUGACGUCACACACAAACAGGAAGUGCUCCCUGCUUAUCAGACAAUUUAUGGAGUAAAUAUCGACACAUUCAUUAAUUAUAAGUGGUUAACAUGUCUCAAGAUCCCUGGUUACAGAAUUAUGAUGCCACUUGCCGCCUUGUUCAGGAAAUUGCAGAGAACAUUCAUGAAAGAAACAGACAACAGAGGACAGGAGGGAAUCCUGCAAAGAUGAACAUGACACUGCGAGCUUCGCUACAGAAGCUGAAACAGAACAUCAACCAGCUCAGAGAGAGUUUGCUCCGAGUCUCGUCCUCCCGGCGCAUAAUGCAGUCGGAAGCCGAUCGGAGACAGAACCUUGUUGACGACCUGGUCACCAGGGACAAGCAGCUAAAUGCCACGUUCAAGGGUGACGUUACACAGCCAGAGCCCUCGAGGUCGACCCUGAUGGCUGGGGCGGGGGCAGAAGGGGGGGCCGCGGUCAACCCCUGGCUUGUCCACGAGCCAGAGGAGACCAGGGGCCUGGGCUUCUCCGCCAUCAAACAGCAGCAGCAGCACAUCAUCGAAGUUCAGGAUGCUGGGUUGGACGCGUUAGCCGCCGUCAUCAGCCGACAGAAGCUGAUGGGUCAGGAUAUAGGCAACGAGCUGGACGAGCAGAAUGAAAUCAUUGAUGACCUCACCCACCUGGUGGACAAGACGGAUGACCGGAUCCGCAACGAGACAAGAAGGGUUAAGCUGGUGGAGACUAAGUCGGCUUCCUGCGGGAUGCUGGUGGUGAUCGUGCUCCUGCUCAUUGCUAUAGUGGUGGUUGCUGUGUGGCCCACAUAAGGAAGAGGCUGAGGGGAGCGUUUUGGACGUCGCACCGUCCGUGGGAUGACCACUGAGACUGCGUGGAGAGCCUACAGGGGAGACGAGGUGCAGAGGCACUUAUGCAGGUAUGUAUCAAGCGUGCUGAUUUAGGACCAGGUUUGCCUUUUAUAUCCCAAUGAAUGAAAAUGACAUAGACAAGGCAGACCUGAUUCUAGACCAGCACUCCUACACUGAGACGCUUGAUACAUACCUCUGACACACCACCCCUGUGCCCUGUUAAACACACACCAUACACUAAUAAUGACACACAGACUCUUCCACCCCCCCUCUCUUCUCCCUCCCUCUAUAUUUCCCCUCUCCUUUCCCCUUGUAUGAAAACUGAGUGUAUUGUAGUUCUCUACUGUACCUCAACACUUGGAGAGUUGAGCCCUGGCUUAUGAGGAACCAGCAACAAUGUUUUAUUUUCUUACGUGGGUGUUGGUUGGGUAAAGGGUAGCACUGACCCUAAUUCUGUCUGUGGGCUGAGAGGUCCUGGGUUCCGGGUCGCUAAUUCUGCUAGCUUAGCAAUUCACUCACACACAUCUCUUAUUAUAUUAAUUAUUCUAUUUACCCACUAGCGGUUCUAAUGGUAUCAUUUGUCUUGGGAUUUGAUCAUGUUUGUAGGAUAAUUCCAGCCAAAACAAAUAACACGUAUGACUGUCACUUUUUAACAUGAUGCGAAUCAGUUUAGCUCAAUGCAACCUUGUCAUUUCUAAUAAACAACAUUUACAGUUAA